AUGGGUGGAGAAGAGGAAUCGGUUUACCCGUGACACGAGAAGGGGUAGAGAUAUUAGGAGGAAUCUGUUCAAAAUCUAACAGUUUGGAGAUGAAGUUGGGAGAGCCAUAGGAAAAAUAUCAAUGGCACAAAUACUAUGAAUGAAUCAAUCAAUAAAUCAACAUCAUAUGAGCAUACACCACAGUGUCCAUGAAAAAUAGCGAUUUAAUUAUGUACAUAAACCAGCAAACAGCGCACCAGGAGGACAACUCAAGAAGAGGAGCAGAAUAACAGACAAGAAAAAACCUAUAGUGGACUACUGGCCAUUUCUCUUCCUCUUCUGAUAAGCUUGGUGAGUGAUUCGUUUCAAGACUAAAGUCGAAAUGUCGAGAAUAAAGUUAAGAUACCAUUUCAAUGUUGAGAAUAAAGACACGAUGUUGGCUAGGUUGAGGACUUUAUGGUAGGCUGGUAGAGUCAAGAAUAAGCAUAAAGGGACAUAAAUGGUGGACUACAGUACAAGGAUAUUGUUACUAGUUCCAGUGUUUGAAUUUGUGUGAGGCCUGUAUAAAGUCAUUAUUAUCAGAUAGUAAGUCAUAAUUAUGAGACACUAAGAGAGAUUUUUUCCAGUGGCAGAGAUGGGCUUCCAUACAAUACAAUGCGAUAUAUAUUAGACAGAAUAGAUCAAACUUAAAGAUCAUUAAAUAAAAUAGCUAAUAUGGUGGAUUAUGGGUCAUAGUGAGAUCAUACUGUUUCUGAUAUGUAGCGUAGUCAUGAGUUUUAGCUUAGAUAUAUAAGAUGAUGAACAGGGACAAGAGGGUGGAAAUGAAGGAAAGAGAAUGAGUUAUAAAUUAAUGUUCUCCUUUUUUUUUUAUUUCUGGCAGUGUUGCUGACAACCUGGAAGACAGACAUCAUGGGAGUCAGAGGAUUAAAGUCUUACAUUGAGGGAAAUAGUCUGUUUUUAAAAGACUGCUAUUUUGAAGGUAGCGAGUUAGUUAUAGAUGGUUGUAAUCUGUGUAAUAUUCUUUACGAUGGAUCAAAAUAUGAUCUGAAGCAUGGUGGAGAUUAUUAUGCUUUUGAGAUUUUGAUCAAAGACUUUUUUAAGGCUUUGAAGAACUGCAACAUUAAGCCCUAUGUUAUCCUUGAUGGAGGAAGUGACCACACUGACAAAAAACUGGAAACCCUCAAGCAACGUGCCCGAGACCGUAUUCAAAUUGGUAAAGAUUUAUCUUUAGGGCAGAUAUGUUCCAGUGGCGGCAUUAAGCCAGUACUCUUGGAAAGUGUUUUCAAACAGAUCCUCAUUCAUCUGAAGAUACCAUUUGUUCAGUGCAUGGAAGAGGCUGACUGGGAAAUCGCUGCUUUGGCAAAUCAGUGGAAUUGUCCAGUUCUGUCUGAUGACAGUGACUUCUUUAUCUUUGACCUGAAAGCAGGAGUUUUACCCAUUACACAUUUCCAGUGGGACAAAGGUCUCACCCAGAAAACCAUCCCAGCCAAAAUAUUUUCAGUCUCAGACUUCUUUAAGUGUUUCAACAACAUGAACAAGCAGCUUCUCCCUGUCUUUGCUGCCUUAGCAGGGAAUGACUAUGUAAACAUACACACUAAGAUUGGAUCUUUCCGCUGGGAGAAAUUCUCCAGCCGCAGUGCUCCUUUCUCCAGAUCCCAUGCACGUCUCGAUGGUAUCCUCCAUUGGUUGUCUGGCCUCCCAAAUACAGAGAUAGCUAUUGGAGCUGUGCUUGGUUUGCUCAGAGAUCAGAUGGACAGAGAUCCAGUCCGGGAGGCUCUCACAGCGUGCCAGAAUGAAUAUCAACUGACAGAAGGCAACCUUGCCCAGUUCUUCUUGAAUGGUGUCGCCCCCAGCAGGCUACCAAUGGAACUGCAGGUUCUCCCUGGCUGGAUCCGCAUGCCAUUGUCUGAGGGAAAAAUUAGCUCGGUCGUCAUUGAUGCCCUGGUUUUGCAGAGAGUACGAUUAAGCUCUCAAGUUGAGAAUUUUGACCUCCCCAGCAGCAAUGCGAUCUCAAGGCCUAUUCGCCAGGUGCUUUAUGGCCUGCUGUUGUCUGGACAGAAGCAGAGGGAUGAUAGGAAGCCCAGCGUGGCUCGUGUGGACCCAGGAGAGUGCUAUGUGGAAGAAUAUGACAGGGAGGGCUUGAGUCUGAGCUCUUUCUGGGUAAAGGCUGCCUGUCCUGCUAGUGGGAAGAAUCUGCAUCUGGACACACUGAACGAGGAACCACGAGAACCACGACUGCAAGUUCUCUGUGACACACUCGGUGUGCCCAGUACCAUUUCAACAUCCAUUGCAGGCAAAUUCCAGCUACCUGUCUACGUCACAUGCUAUUGGCUGAGUGUAGCCGACCCACAGCCACAUAUAGAGCACCUGUGGUCUCUGCUGCUGGGAUUUGUGUUUGGGGAGCUGAGUGGCCGAUACAAGGGCCAGGAAGAGUCAAGACGAAGGACAAGGUCUGAGUCUUUUGACCGCCCAAAUAUGUCAGAUAUAAAUCCCUCAAGACAAGGUGAAAGCAUGGACUCUAUGGAGUUACCGACUGGCAGCCCUUCAGAUGGUAACAUUCAGGUCCACGCAUGGUAUAGCGCUGGUGUGGAAAAGAUUGAACCAUCUCCGGCUUUACCCUACGACUGGAGGCCCUGA